AGGGCCGCGGAGGGCUUCGGGACGGGACGCGGGAGCCGCCUCUUCUUCAAAUAGCGGGCGUGGGGACGUGGGGACGUGGGGGUGCAGAAGAGAUCCUCCUCCACCGGGCCUGUUUCCGGCGUCAUGGCUCAAAGGGCCUUUCCGAAUCCUUAUGCCGAUUAUAACAAAUCCCUGGCCGAGGGCUACUUUGAUUCUGCCGGGAGGCUGACUCCUGAGUUCUCCCAGCGCUUGACCAAUAAGAUUCGAGAGCUUCUUCAGCAAAUGGAGCGAGGCCUGAAGUCAGCAGAUCCUCGGGAUGGCACUGGUUACACUGGCUGGGCAGGUAUUGCAGUGCUUUACUUGCACCUCUAUGAGGUGUUUGGGGACCCUGCCUACCUACAGAUGGCACAUGGCUAUGUAAAGCAAAGUUUGAACUGUUUGACCAAGCGCUCCAUCACCUUCCUGUGUGGGGAUGCAGGCCCCCUGGCAGUGGCCGCUGUGAUCUAUCACAAGAUGAACAAUGAGAAACAGGCAGAAGAUUGCAUCACACGGCUAAUUCACCUAAAUAAGAUCGAUCCCCGUGCUCCAAAUGAACUACUCUAUGGAAGAAUUGGCUACAUCUUUGCUCUUCUUUUUGUCAAUAAGAACUUCGGGGUGGAAAAGAUUCCUCAAAGCCAUAUUCAGCAGAUUUGUGAAACAGUUUUAACCUCCGGAGAAAACCUAGCUAGAAAGAGAAACUUCACAGCAAAGUCUCCAUUGAUGUAUGAGUGGUACCAGGAAUAUUAUGUGGGGGCUGCUCAUGGCCUGGCUGGAAUUUAUUACUUCCUGAUGCAGCCUAGUCUUCAAGUGAACCAAGCAAAGUUACAUAGUUUGGUGAAGCCCAGCGUAGACUAUGUCUGCCAGCUGAAAUUCCCUUCUGGCAAUUACCCUCCGUGUGUGGACGAUAAUCGAGAUCUACUCAUCCAUUGGUGCCACGGUGCCCCUGGGGUAAUCUACAUGCUCAUCCAGGCCUAUAAGCUCUGCCGAGAGGAACGGUAUCUCUAUGAUGCCUAUCAGUGUGCUGAUGUGAUCUGGCAGUACGGGUUGCUGAAGAAGGGAUAUGGGCUGUGCCACGGCGCUGCAGGAAAUGCCUAUGCCUUCCUGACGCUCUACAACCUCACGCAGGAUGUCAAGUACCUGUAUAGGGCCUGCAAGUUUGCUGAAUGGUGCUUAGAUUAUGGAGAACAUGGAUGUAGAACACCAGACACUCCAUUCUCCCUCUUUGAAGGAAUGGCUGGAACAAUAUACUUCCUAGCUGACCUGCUAGUCCCCACAAAAGCCAGAUUCCCUGCAUUUGAACUAUAAAAGGAAAGCAUGCCCCCUGCAACUCACUGCAUGAUCCCUUCUGUAUAUUCAAACCUGGGCUAAGUGCUUUUGUGGCUUUUCAAGGAAAUCAAACUGUGUACUUGAUUUAGUUGUUUUUUCUUUUUUUCACAAUAUGUGUUUAGUUCGUCUUAUUUUAUCGUUUUCUUUUAUUAAAACAUUCAAGGAAGACUUUUAACUUUAAAUUCUUCCUAAAGAGAGACUGGAUGAUACGUAUAGUAUUUUGAAGUCAUAUACAUUAUUUUAGAACUUGGAGGAAAUGUUAUUCCUAUUUAAGUUCAUGAAUAUAGCCAUCUGUUACUCUUUUUUAAAUAUUUAAAAAGAAAUAGACAAAGAUAAAUAUAUGACCAUUGUUGGGUUUUGCCCUCCACCUCUUCUCUUGAAUAUUUUUCCUCCAAUAGGAGACAGACUGUAUUAUGACUCGCUUUUUUUUUCUAGAUGGUUGAUUAUAAAAGGGGACAAAAAAAUAUAGUAAUUUUUCUGAAAGGAAAAUUGAAUUGCCAAAGUAGCAAUCUGGACCUGGGACUAAAUACCAUUUUUCACGUUCGUAGUGCCUAUUUGGAUCAGAGGUAAUCAUACUCUCAAAUUUGCCUCUUCUUUUGUCACUAAGUCAUCCAGUCUCCAUAAGCCAACAUUUUAAUCAAAAACUUCUAAAACAUAAUGGUCAUUGUGAAAAUUUUUAUGUGAAUGUUAGUUCAAAAUAAGCUAAAAAUAAGUUUAUUGUUUUCUCUAAAAUAGUAUGAUGUUUGGGAACUAUAUAUUUAAAUGAUUUAUUACUUAUUUGGAACUCUAUUUAUUCUUUGGUUUUUAUAUAAUGUCAGGAACCUUUGUGUGUGUGAAUGUUCUAUGAUCAGGAUUCCAGUGCACCCCGUUUAACUGACCUUCUAAACUUUGACUUGCGGUUUCAUUUACUUGGUGAUAACCAUGCUUAAGUGCCGGCUGUUUGGAAUAAGCCAUAAGAUGUUUUCCUUCCUAUCAAUUUAUCUGAACGUUUGUCUUUUCACUAGAUAGUACAGCAUUCCAUUUCUGUUUAGGAAAACAGGUGGCAAGAGGGAUGCUAUAUCAUCAAUGACUUGAACAAGAACACUAAGCUUUUGAUCGAAAGGCUGUUUAGUUAGGGGAUAAUAUCCAGAGUUUAUGCUUAAAACAAGUAGGUCUAUGCAUAUCCUAAGGUGAACAGUUGACCAGUUUCUGAGACCCCAGAUUUGGGUUUUACUUGGUAGGUGAGACUCCCUGGUGCUUCAAAUUCUAUACAAAUGUUUUGACUCAUCAGCUCCUCCUCCUCUUAUUGCUGACUUUCCCGGGUCUAUUUUGCUUCUUUUUACCUGAUUUUGGAACAUUUUCUAGCUUUAAAAAAAGAAAACAGGGUCUUAUCAUUGUAAAUGUGCCUAUUUGACAGCUUUCUUGGUCAGAAAAACAUAGUAUUUUUAUUGGAACUUUGAACCAAAUCCCCACCUAUUGUAUGCUGGUUCUGGCAGGUAGAAAUCCCCUAUUAUUUCUAUUUAGCACUAAAAUAGCUAAUAUUAUUAGAAAUUGUCUAAGUCUUUAAAGGCUACUGACAAUAGAAUCUAAAAAACAGCCACUGCUCCACUCCAAGGAUUAGCUUAUUCUUUCUGUGGUUUGUGUAAAUUAAGGACUACUUUGUGCCUCUUGGAUUUCUGUAGUGCUUCUGGUAAGCCUGGUGCAAGCUGUGCCUUUCUUGUGGCAAUUUCAGAUCCAUGGCAUUGGCAUUUAUAGUAAUAGGUACAAAGCUGAUUUGCCUUUGGCUGGGUGUCCAACUUGAAAGAAUGGAGCACAUUUGGUUUAGCCGACUGUCUUACUACACUGUGCCUGCAGUUCAAGCCACUGUCGUUACUAACCAAGGGGAAAAGAACAAAACACAUUUUCUCUGAGACGGAGGAGAAUUGAUCAUAGAGCUUCUCCAAGAAUCUUGAUUAAUUUACCCUAAAAA